AGGAACCUGGCAAGGAAAUGUCCGCCGUCCCCGGCUCUCGGGAGCGCGACUCUGCAGGUGGUUCUAACUUUGACAGUUCAAGGCCAAAUGGAAAAGGUGUGCUUGGACAUGAAGGCUCCUGGGCUCAUGAUAAACCAGAAAACGUGUUGACAAGACAGAAUAAAUCCAAGUCUGAAAUUACCGACAUGGUUCGCUCCUCCACUAUCACAGUAUCACACAAGGCUCAUAUUUUAUCGAUGCAGAAGUUUGGACUGCGAGAUACACUUGUGAAAUCACAGGUAGCACAGAAAGAAGAGGAUUAUACCUAUCUCCAGAACUUCAGGUUCUUUGUGGGAACAUACAACGUGAAUGGACAGUCCCCCAAAGAAUGCCUCCGGCCCUGGCUAAGCCAUGGUAUCCAGGCUCCAGAUGUGUACUGUGUCGGGUUCCAGGAGCUUGAUCUGAGUAAGGAAGCCUUUUUCUUUCAUGAUACCCCAAAGGAGGAAGAGUGGUUUAAAGCUGUAUCAGAUGGUCUUCAUCCAGAUGCCAAAUAUGCAAAGGUGAAGCUCAUCCGACUGGUUGGGAUCAUGCUGCUGUUAUAUGUCAAGCAAGAACAUGCAGCGCACAUCUCAGAAGUGGACGCAGAGACGGUGGGGACCGGAAUCAUGGGGAGGAUGGGUAACAAAGGAGGUGUGGCGAUCAGGUUCCGGUUCCACAACACCAGCAUCUGCAUUGUGAAUUCUCAUUUGGCAGCCCACACCGAAGAGUAUGAGAGGAGGAACCAGGACUAUAAAGACAUUUGUUCCCGAAUGCAGUUUUAUCAGGUUGACGCAAGCCUGCCCCCUCUCACCAUCAGCAAGCACGAUGUGAUUCUGUGGCUGGGGGACCUCAACUACAGGAUAGAAGAGCUGGAUGUCGAAAAAGUGAAAAAGCUCAUCGAAGAGAAGGCCUUUCAAACCCUGUAUGCAUAUGAUCAGUUGAAAAAUCAAGUGGCUGCAAAGGCUGUCUUUGAAGGCUUCACAGAGGGUGAGCUCACGUUCCAGCCUACUUAUAAGUAUGAUACUGGCUCUGACGACUGGGAUACCAGUGAGAAGUGUCGUGCACCUGCCUGGUGUGACCGGGUCCUCUGGAAGGGGAAGAACAUCACUCAGCUGAGUUACCAGAGCCACAUGGCCCUGAAGACCAGUGACCACAAGCCUGUCAGCUCAAUGUUUGACAUUGGGGUGAGGGUCAUAAAUGAAGAGCUUUACCGGAAGACUCUGGAGAAGAUUGUUCGCUCCCUGGAUAAAAUGGAAAAUGCCAACAUUCCCUCUGUGUCCCUCUCCAAGCUAGAGUUCUGUUUUCAGAAUGUGAAGUACAUGCAGUUGCAAGUGGAAUCCUUCACAAUUCAUAAUGGACAAGUACCCUGUCAGUUUGAAUUCAUCAGCAAGCCUGAUGAAGUGUCCUACUGUAAGCAGUGGCUGAAUGCCAAUCCCAGCAGAGGGUUCCUCCUGCCAGAUUCUGACAUUGAGAUUGAAUUGGAGCUAUAUGUAAAUAAGACCACAGCUAAAAAGCUCAACUCGGGUGAAGACAAACUUGAGGACAUUCUGGUUUUGCACUUGGACAGGGGAAAGGAUUACUUUUUGUCUGUGUCUGGGAACUACCUGCCCAGCUGUUUCGGGUCUCCCCUUCACACAUUGUGCUACAUGAGGGAGCCGAUCUUGGACCUACCACUUGAAACUAUUAGAGAGCUGACUCUGAUGCCAGUACAGACUGAAGAUGAUGGGAGCCGGUUGGAGAACCCCAUGGAUAUCCCCAAAGAGCUCUGGAUGAUGGUUGAUUACCUGUACCGAAAUGCUAUCCAGCAGGAAGAUCUGUUUCAGCAGCCUGGCCUAAGGUCGGAAUUUGAGCAUAUCAGGGACUGUUUGGAUACUGGAAUGAUUGACACCCUCUCUGCUAGCAAUCAUUCUGUAGCCGAGGCCUUGCUGCUUUUCCUUGAGAGCCUGCCAGAGCCUGUCAUCUGUCACAGCGCCUUCCAUAGCUGCUUGGAGUGUUCUGGCAACUACACAGCAAGUAAACAGGUCAUUUCCACUCUCCCCACAUUCCACAGAAAUGUCUUCAACUACUUGAUGGCGUUUUUGCAAGAAUUGCUGAGAAAUUCAGCAAAAAAUCAUUUGGAUGAGAAUAUUCUAGCUAGCAUAUUUGGCAGUUUGCUGCUUCGAAACCCAGCUGGUCACCAAAAGCUUGAAAUGGCAGAGAAGAAGAAGGCUCAAGAAUUUAUUCACCAGUUCCUCUGCAACUCUCUCUGAGCCUCCCUAUCUUCUCCCCUUUUUUAUGAGAGGCAGCCAUUAUGAGCCCCACCUGUUUCAGCUCAAGGGCUGUCUUAAGAGGGUAUGAGGCCUCUUGGAAGCGAGAAUUGGCAGCUGCCUGUUUCCUGAGCCCAGAACCCCAUGGCUAGCACACCCAGUGCUACUGUGAGUUGUGAAGACAUAGGGGAACACCUACCACUAUAAAACUGACAUUCAAUGUUCAACUUUUGUUAUUUAACACAGAUAUAUCUCUAUUUUUUAUUUUUUAAAUAUAAAAAAUAACUAUACUUCUUGUACUCAAUCAGUCUGCCUCCAGGGCAUAGUCAGCGCCUUCCCUGUGGCCUGGGCUGAGCUCCGCAUGAUCAGAUAUCAUUUAAACAAACUUUGGAGUCCUCAAAGGAGAGUGAGUUGGACGGCAAGAAUGCAGGUGGAAGCUGCUGGACACAGACUGCAACCACCCCAGAUGCUUCCAGUGCUUAGUCUAAGGACAUGUGUAUAUGCAUAUGCAGAUCCUAUCCCUCUACCUACUCAAAUGUGGCUCAGUAACUGAGGCUGGCCACUGGGGACAACACAGUGUCUUGAAAAUGAAAACACUGAAGAAAUUGGUGUUCUGAUGAAACAAGUGGAAUUUUCUGGUCCGGCAAAUCCUCCAAACUGUAUAUAAUGCAUCCUUUCUCUCAAAUGUAUAAUAUAUUCUGAUGAUAAAUGUAUUUUUUAACAGUGGUUGGUGUGUAUAUUUUUCUCUCAAGAGAUGGCAGCUCUUGACUGCUGGGCAUUUGUGGUGUAAGUAUUGGGGCAGUUGGUCAGGGACAAAAGAGACAUUUGCCUGGCAGUCUGGUGGGUAACAGGUACUAUUCAUUUUUCAAGCAAGAGAUGGUGGAGUCAUGGCCUGAACCCCAUGACCUUGAUCUAGACUCUUUGGGGGUUGUCUCACUCUGAGAGGCAGCUCAUGGGAAAAUACAGGCAGUGGCUGUUGGGAGUGCUAAUAGAGAGAUCUUCCUGGUAUUUGAGUUUGAGUGAAAGGAGCAUAACAAAGGCACAAGAAAAAGAGUGCUUUUUUGGGCACGGGAAUGCCACUGCUCGGCGGUAUAAAACGCGAUUUUAGAAAUGGACUGGAAUGAAAACGUGAACGGUUAAAGAAAGUAAAGGGCCAGUAGGUGGAGUUGAGUGGCCUGAGCUCGAGCCCCAUUGAGCUGACAAUCCUCCACAGGGAAAAGCUGGGGCAGGUAGCUUGGGCAGGAGUGUUGAGAAGGGAAUUGGGCCCUUCUGAAACAUAUGAGGAAACCCUGGGGGCGUAGUG